AUAUACCAUCGCUUCAAUUGGACAUGAUCAUACCUGCAUUGGUUUGCAUUAUUGUACCGAUUGCCGUUGUAACAGUGGUUUCCCUGACCUUGAAAAGAAGAUCGACACCAACAUCAUCGGCAGUUGAUUCCAUAGAUUGCCUCGGCGGUGGUGAACGUUCUGAAACGAAUCUAGUGAACACGGUCAAGGACGAUUCAAAGUAAUAUCUACUAUAUCAGAGAACGUGUAAACCACAACAUUCCUUUUUUUUAUGAUUACAUUCGGAGGUUAACAUGCACAUUAAAGGUUCGUGCUUGGACGAAGAUAACGAUGGGACUUGCGUGACAUUUCACUUAUCAAAGAUAGAUUUUCAAAAACCCAAGGGUUCGAUCGUAAGACCACUGGAAAAUGAACUACCAAAGAUGUUAAAAGUCGGGGCUACAUAUAUCUAUCGUAUAGGGGAUAACGUAGUCAUAAGAGAAUAUUCGGCGCAACAACAUGCUAAUACUAUGGUCAUGGUACCAUCCAUUCAACCUGGAGACUUUGGUAUCAUGACAUCGAGGGAGUUCGACUAUUUGAUCGAAUGCUUUUUCGAAACGGGAGGCCUGCGUUCGUUAAUAUAUUACUUGGACGUGACCAAAACACCAGAUGACCAACACUUAAAGUCGUUCGAAUUUAUACCAGAUCGAUUCUACCAUUUGGGACUAGGUUACGAAUUUAGAGUCUUCGCUGAAGAAAAGUUGCUAUCAGUUACAUCCACAGAAUACGACAGACACAACAGUACUAGAAUUCUGAAAUGGCACGUGACCUUUUCAUUCGCAGAUGUUAUGGACAUGCUAAAGGAUAUUCGACUAUUGAUCCCUCGGUUACCUUUAGAGGAACGUAAUUGCCUUGCCCAUUUUCCGCUGGAUCAUAUGAACCAAGAAGGAAUGAUGAGUUGUCUUGUCUGUCAAUAUUUUAAUGAUGACUAUGACCUCUACUGACAUCGAUUGAUUUCAUUCCGCCAUGUUUGUAUAUUUUAAUAUGGAUUUUUACUUCUAAUAAACAUCUAAUUUUCUGUACAAA